CUGUAAGUCAGUUUGAGGUUAAAUUAAAAGCCACUUCAUGUUAUGUUUUGCUCUCAUUCAUAAGCUUAUAAACUUUUUUUCACAUUUGUUUUUUAAAAAAGAAGAUGAGUAAAGUAAGAAAUGAGAAAAUAACAAAACGGGAAUACUGUCGAUGGAACUCAGAAGAUAUGGACCAUGCGAUUAAUACAUACAAACAAAACCAGUGUGGUUUUAAUGAGUGCUGCAGACGUUAUAACAUUCUAAAGCAGACUUUUAGAAGGCACGCGUUCUUCAAAUAAAAAGGCCAAUGAAAAUGUUCAGUCUUUGGGUCGACACACAACUUUUAGCCCUGAAAUUGAAAUGGAAUUGGCAAAGCAUAGUUUAAAGCUGGAAGAAAGAUUUUUUGGUGUAACAAUUCGGGAUGUUCGACAAUUGGCUAUUCAAACAGCU